UUGUGGGAGCUUGUCCAGUCACGCAGUGUGUAAUCGGGUCUGCUUAGCGCGCACUACACUUUAGUUGAACUAUCCUCCGUGAAAAGCUGCUCUAGGGGCAACUGGAACCCGAACAACUGACCCAGAUAUGAGUGGAAUCUGCUGAGCAUGUGGGUAUUCGGUGUUCAAGCACUUCCAGCACACACACAGACACGCACACACACAGACACGCACACACACGCACAGACACGCACACACACACAGCCUGAUCAUGGCGACAGCGGCCGACGGCUGUCCUCCGGACCGGCGGGGCUGGGUGGAGUUCGUGGAGAACGCCUCGGGACCCCGGACGGAGCCCCCAGCAGUGGCUCAUGGAUUCUUGGAGUCUAGCUCCGCCCCUGCUGAUCCUUCAUCAGCUGGCUUGGCUCCGCCCGCACCGCAGAACGCCUGGGUUCUGUUUGAUGAGAACCCCUGGGCCUCCCCUCCACCUCCACCUCAGGUAAAAGCCCGCCACAGUGUUUGCUCGACGGCCAGCUUCUGGAGCACUGCACCCACUUCAGAGAGCAGUUGGACCGGCCAAUCGGAGCAGAGCUUGGCCAGCAGUGGGGCGUCGCCCUGUGACCUCAGCUCUGUGGACCCCGGCCCAGAGGAGCCGUCACUCACAAGUGCCGACGCGUGCACAUUCUCCAAAGACGAGGGCAUCGACGUGGACUCGCUCAGCUGCAGCUCCGGCGGCCGGCAGACGAGCAGCAGCCCGUCGGACGCGGCCGGCCGGCUGACCUCCUGGGUGACCUUCGAUGACGACGCCACCGGCCCGCAGCCGCCCCUCCCUCCCCCCGGGCCGUCCCCUCCUCCCGGCCUCCAGGAUGGCAACGGUAACCACGUGGUCGCCCGGGCUCGGAGCCAGAACCAGGGGCCGAACGACGGGCUCACGCAGCCCCCCCGGGACCCCCCGCCGGCUGGCGCCCAGCCUCCGGGGGACGGCAGCGCCUCCUACGCCAAGAGGAACCCGUUCCUCCACGAGGCGUUCAGUGACGUCAAGCCCUCCAGCCUCAACCCCUUCAGCUCCUUCUUCGGGGGCGGGCAGGAGGUGGGGCACGGGUCCCCAGCAGGCGGUCGCCACCCUGAGCCCGGCUCGGACUCAGGAGGAGGGGGAGGGGGGGGAGGAGGAGGAGGAGGAGGAGACCUUUUCCAGGACAGCCCCAUCACUAACGAGCUGCACUACCUGCGGAGCCUGCAGCCCUCUGACCCCGACGGCCCCGGUGGUGGGGGUCCCUCCGACGGAGACGAGGGCGUGGAGGAGGGCGAGGAGGCGCUGGAGCGGCCGGAGGAGGAGGAGGAGGAGCCCUACCUUCCUCCCCACAUGGUCCCCCAGGACGGCUGGGCUAUGCUGCUCCGCAUCCCGGAGAAGAAGACCAUCAUGUCGUCGCGCCACUGGGGGCCCAUCCACGUGCGCCUGUCGGACGACGGCUUCCUGCGGCUCUUCUACGAGCGCGGGCUGGACGCGCCCUUCAGGUCGCUGCGCCUGCUGCCGCAGCACCAGCUGUCGGAGCCCCGCCUCCAGAGCUACGAGGACGCCGGCCGCGUGCACACACUGAGCGUGGAGCUGCUGCAGUACCGGGAACGGCGGCGCUCCAAGCUGCCCGCCGCGCUGUCGCCGCUGCCCGCCGUCCUCACGCCGCUGCGACAGCAGCUGGUCAAGCUGGCCACGCCCUGUUACCACGACUACCUGAGCUGCAGACACUCGCUGCUGCAGCUGCUGAGGCGGCUGCCCGGCCCCCCGGGGCCCCCGGCCCCCCCGGGGCCCCCCCCCCCCCCGGGGCCCCCCGCCCCCCCGGGGCCCUCCGAGGAGGAGAUGCACGUGGAGGUGAGGGACGAGUUCUACGGGGCGGCGGCGGCGGGUGGCGGGCGCGUGGAGCAGCAGCUGGUCAUCACCCGGGUCAGCGUGCUGGCGCUGGUCUCAGGCCAGCCGCGCUGCCAGCUGGGGCUCAACGACCUCCAGGUGAAGGGGAAGGAGCUGGUGUCUCGCCGGGACAUCGUCCCCAACAGCACCGCCCGCUGGAUCCGUCUGGACGGCCCCGAGCUGCACCCCCUCCACGCCGACUCCGCCCACUUCCUGUCCACGCGCGCCGUGACCUUCACGCCCCCGCCGCGCUGCCGCUUCGAGCUGCUCCGCUUCCGCACGCCGUUCUGCGGGCGGAGCCUGCCCUUCAGCCUGCGGACCACCGCCGCCGUGGCGGGGGCGGAGGUCGUGCUGCAGUCCUGGCUGCUGAUGGCGCCCGGGGGGGAGGAGCUUAACGCCGUGCCCUGUGAGGACGUGGCGAUCCGGUACCCCAUCCCUGAUAUUUGGGCCAAGAUCUUCCGGCGGGAGGGGGUGGGGGGGGAGCGCUCCCUGAAGGCGCGCUUCAACAAGGGGGCGGGGCUGGGCUGGGCCAGCUCCUCGGGGGCGGGGCUGGGCUGGGCCGGCCCCUCAGGGGCGGAGCCUGCCAUGAGGGUGACGCUGGGCACGGCCAAGUACGAGGCCGCCUUCAGAGCGGUGGUGUGGAGGAUCCCCCGCCUCCCCGACAAGAACUCAGCGCUGGGUCACCCGCACACCUUCUUCCUCCGCCUAGAGCUGGGCUCGGACCAGGAGGUGCCCCGGGUGCUGCAGCGCCACCUGGAGGUGGAGUUCGACAUGCCGGCCGCCGCCGCCUCUCAGGCCACGGUGCGCUCGCUGUCCGUGGACGACCGGCCCGACGUCAGGAAGUGGAUCAACUACAAGGCCCACUUCUUCUACCAGGUCCCCAUAGAGCAGAAGAGGGAGGAUAUCCCGAACACAGGGAACACGCCUGCGGACCAGCCGGGAGAAUGUGCACAUCAGUGACGAGUGGCCUAGUGGAUCCACUGACUGAACUCCUUAGAGCGAUGUGGUGGAAAAGAGAUACAGGAAACAGAACAGGGAAACUUUUUGCACUUUGAAUCAAAGCCACCUGUUUUAUGGCAGGACUUGUCUUUAGGGCCGGGUUUAGCUUUAGGGCGUGUCUUGUCUUUAGGGCGGGGCUUGUCUUUAGGGCGGGGCUUGUUGGUGUUACCUUCACAACAAUGAGGUUGCUGGCGUCUUGUUUAGCACGAUUCCGGCUCACAUGUAAUACCAUAAAACGAACGGCUGUUUUUGGCCUGUUUGAGGUACAUUACUAACUGAUUAUGGAUUAUUAAUCUAUAGCAUUAUCGUCAGGGUGGAAUUCUAUUUUUACUUAAAUGUAUGUAAUCUAAGGGACAAACUGAGUGGGUUAGCUGCCUAUCUAAUUUGCUAUGUGCCAUGUGAGAUUACAGACACACAUUUUGUACUUUUCUAUCGGAGGGUUGCCCACUUUGUUAUUGUGGCCUUAUUGAGUGUAAAAUGAGCUGCAGUGGUCUGCAACCAAGCGGUACAUGUUGGCUUUGUUUAACUGGAUUGAACUGGAUACUGAAAGUGGCGUUAUAAGGACCCUGUUGUUCUGUUAUGAAUGAAUUAAGUAUCUUUAUGAACAUGCUUGAACAACAGUGUGGUUUCAAAUGUGCCUGCAGAGUAAGGUAUGGAUGUAUUCAUUUAUUCUGCUACAAAUCAAUAUCAUCUCAAUUAUGAUGAGGAUUACAUGGAAAUGUGUCAAUAUUAAUACAAUUUGCUUUCAGUAUAUAAACCUUUGGUUUGGUCAGUAUUUGGCUUACAUUCUCAGUACGAUACAUUAUUUGGUAAUGCUAAACAUAGCUUUAUGAUGUCAAGAUCAAAACCGUUUUGUGUCUUAAAUGUUUAUUUUUCCUCUUUUUACUUUGUGUGAACCUCAUUUCCAAUGUGCACCUAUACUACUAAUGGACAGCAGUGGCAGGCUGACGAAACAAGCUGUACUGAUCCUGGUCUGUUGAUGAAUAAUUGAUUAAAGUGUUUUCUAGCUUU